AAUUUCAUCGAAUGACGAUCUGGAGCAGCACUGCCAUGACAUCACCGCAUUCCUUCGCGAUCUGCUUCGAUUGCCCAAUGGCUACCGAAGUGUGCGGGCGUUCUUGGACCAGGACUUCACUUUGAGCUGUGCUUUGCUGACAGGAAGCAAGAAG